AUGCUUUUGGCACUUCGCAUCAACGUUUUGGCAAAAGGCUACUCGGGUAUUUCGCUGCAGAACCUGCACAAACUUAUUGCAGCCUUCAAUGCGUACUGCGUGUCGUACGUGCCCGAGAAAGGGAGUGUGGGCGCGAGUGGUGACCUUUGCCCUUUGGCACAUUUAGCGUUGGGUCUGAUCGGGGAGGGCAAAAUGUGGUCACCUUCGACCGGUUGGGACGACGCUUCCGUUGUCCUGAAGAAGAACAAUUUAGAAGUGAAUUUUUUUAAUUUCUUAAAUUUCAGGUCAUUUUCAAAAAAAUUUAUUUCAGGCUGCAACAUUAGUAGUGUCGGCGCGCGCGUACGGGUGGGCGGAGCUUUUGUGCGCCGACAGUAUUUGUGUUGCAGCGCAAUAUUUAUUAUCUCAUUUUUAUUAUAUUAUUUAUUAUUUUUAUACAUUAUUAAAUAUUAUAUAUAA